AUGCAGCCAUUCCGUGUUUCAACAGAGAUGCUGAGCGGAACUGAAGACAGAUUGCAGUUCUUAGAGGGUCAUCAUGUGCCUGUGAGAUCCCCCUGCAACCCACCCGUCCCCAGCACCACGCCCCCCACACCGCCUCCCGUCACCAAAGACGAGAAUAGCAACGUCAAGGACAGUCCCGUUGACUGCAAGCCUACGAGCACCACUACAGGCACCAGUACAGUCGUUACUAUCACAGAGUCGCAGACGAAGGUGACGGAAGCGUCACCGUGCUCUGGCGAGCAGUCGAUGGCAGAGCUGCGGAGAUACAGGACCGCCUUCACCAGAGAGCAAAUCACUCAUUUGGAAAAGGAAUUCCUGAGGGAGAAUUACAUCAGUCGACCAAGACGGUGUGAACUGGCCCAGGAGCUGGGGCUUCCCGAAGCCACUAUCAAGGUCUGGUUCCAAAAUCGACGCAUGAAGGACAAACGUCAGCGACUUGCUCUAGUCUGGCCCUACGCUGACCCAACCCUCACUGCCUAUAUACUUCAUGCCGCUGCUGCUGCCGCCGCGGCCGCUGCUACCUACCCACCAUACUUCGCCAACACUUCCCCGUGGGCCGCCGCCGCCGCCGCUGCAAGAGCGCAGCCUCCAGGGUACACCAGCCCUGCACACACUCCCUCGAUGUCAAGAUUCAGUCCAUAUCCCCGGCCACACCCGUCUAUUCCUUCCCCGCCGUACAGCAGACCCUUAGGCCUCCCCAUCCCUGUAAUGUCACCAACUCCCGUAAUUCAAAGCAUGAACGGCCACCUACCCACUUGCCCCGCCCGAGAAUCCCCGAAAGUGGGCGGCGAUGGGUGUUUAUGCGGUCUAUUCUAUCCCAGUCUAACCCACGCCCAAACACUCACCCCACCCACUGCCUCUCGAACACACUCUGAACCCCCGUCGCCUCCUGUUAUUUCGGAUCGUAGGAGCCCCCUAGUCAGCCCGGAGGACAGGGGCGCCUCCCCCAAGCAACGUAAGGUGCCUCGCCUAUUGUUCCAGCCAUAUAGGGAUGACCUGGUGUCGUGAGGCUGCCCGUCCCUAGCAACAA